GCUUCGCGUCUGUGACGAUCAAUUUACUCUCCACCAUAGAUUGAGUAAUGGUAACUCGAAACCGCCUUAAUUAGGCCGUCAGUCACGAAAACAAGCCUCACAGUGUGGUAAUAUCAUCGUUAUGACGCAUGUUAGGUUCUGGUGUCUACUUUCCACUCCCUAAAUUGAAGGGAAAACAAAGGCAAACGAACCCCCACCAAAUAACACAGAUCGUCAAAGCUUGUCUGAAUGGAAAGUAUUUGCAAUUGAACUGCCCCAAAACGAAAAUCAACAAGGUAUGUGAAGAAGCAGCAAGAGCUUUGGUGAUUCAAUUGGAUGGAGUCUUGCAACUGUAUUGAGCCACAAUGGCCUCCGGAUGACCUGUUGAUGAAAUAUCAAUAUAUUUCUGAUUUCUUCAUUGCACUUGCUUAUUUCUCGAUCCCCUUAGAGCUUAUAUACUUCGUCAAAAAAUCUGCUGUCUUUCCAUAUAGAUGGGUCCUCGUGCAGUUUGGUGCUUUUAUAGUACUUUGUGGUGCAACUCAUCUUAUUAACUUGUGGACUUUUACGGUGCAUUCAAGAACCGUGGCGUCAGUAAUGACUACUGCAAAAGUUUUGACUGCUGCUGUAUCGUGCAUAACUGCCUUGAUGCUUGUACAUAUCAUUCCUGAUCUAUUGAGUGUAAAAACUAGGGAGUUGUUUUUGAAGAAUAAGGCUGCCGAGCUUGAUAGAGAAAUGGGUUUGAUUCGUACCCAAGAAGAAACAGGUCGACAUGUUCGGAUGCUUACACAUGAGAUCCGAAGCACUUUGGAUAGACAUACAAUACUAAAAACUACUCUUGUUGAAUUGGGUCGGACUUUGGCAUUAGAAGAAUGUGCCUUGUGGAUGCCAACACGUACUGGGUUGGAACUGCAACUUUCCUACACCCUUCGUCAACAGAAUCCAGUCGGGUAUACUGUACCGAUCCAUCAUCCUGUGAUCAAUCAAGUUUUUAGUAGCAAUCGUGCUGUAAAAAUAUCCCCGAAUUGUCCCGUAGCAAGACUACGGCCUGCAGGGAAGUACAUGCCUGGAGAGGUUGUUGCUGUUCGUGUUCCACUCCUGCAUCUCUCGAAUUUCCAUAUUAAUGAUUGGCCUGAACUUUCAACAAAAAUAUACGCUUUGAUGGUUUUGAUGCUCCCUUCGGAUAGUGCAAGGCAAUGGCAUGUCCAUGAGUUGGAGCUCGUUGAAGUGGUUGCUGAUCAGGUGGCUGUUGCUCUUUCGCACGCUGCAAUUUUAGAAGAGUCGAUGAGGGCUAGGGAUCUUCUUAUGGAUCAGAACGUUGCCCUUGAUCUGGCCAGAAGAGAAGCUGAGACAGCGAUCCGUGCUCGAAACGAUUUCUUGGCUGUUAUGAAUCAUGAAAUGAGAACCCCAAUGCAUGCGAUUAUUGCUCUAUCUUCGUUGCUGCAGGAAACUGAGUUGACACCUGAACAGCGUCUGAUGGUUGAAACGGUUCUUAAGAGUAGUAACCUUCUUGCAACUCUAAUCAAUGAUGUUUUGGAUCUUUCAAGGCUUGAAGAUGGCAGCCUUCAACUAGACCUCGGAACUUUUAACCUUUAUGCUGUAUUCAGAGAGGUCCUCAACUUGAUCAAGCCGAUUGCAUCGGUUAAAAAGCUUCAUGUUUCCUUAAAUUUGGCUCCGGACUUGCCGGAAUAUGCUGUUGGUGAUGAGAAGCGCCUGAUGCAAACAAUUUUAAACAUUGUUGGUAAUGCUGUUAAAUUUUCCAAGGAGGGCAGCAUAUCAAUCACUGCUUUUGUUGCAAAACUGGACACACUGAGAGAUUCUAAAGCCCCGGAAUUUCUCCCGGUGCUAAGUGAUAAUCACUUUUAUUUGCGUGUACAGGUGAAAGAUUCAGGUUCCGGGAUUAACCCCCUAGAUAUUCCCAAGUUAUUUACCAAAUUUGCACAAAAUCAAUCAACAGGAACACGAAAUUCUGGUGGCAGCGGACUAGGCCUUGCAAUUUGUAAGAGGUUCGUAAAUCUAAUGGAGGGACAUAUUUGGAUUGAGAGCGAAGGUCUCGGUAAGGGAUGUACUGCUAUCUUAAUUGUAAAACUUGGGAUGCCGGAACGUGUGAACGAAUCAAAACUUCCAUACAUGCCUAAAAUGCCAACUAAUCACGGGCAGACAGCAUUUCCGGGGCUUAAAGUUCUGGUUAUGGAUGAGAAUGGGGUUAGCAGGAUGGUGACUAAGGGGCUUCUUUUGCAUCUAGGGUGUAAUGUGACGAUGGUCGGCUCGAGUGACGAGUGUUUGCGGUUGGUUUCUCACGAGCACAAGGUUGUUUUCAUGGACAUUUGCGUUCCAGGUAUAGAUAGUUACGGAAUCACUAUCAGGAUACAUGAGAAAUUUACAAAAUGCCAUGAAAGGCCGUUAUUAGUGGCACUCACCGGAAAUACGGACAAGGUAACGAAGGAGAACUGCAUGAGGGCAGGUAUGGAUGGUCUUAUAUUGAAACCCGUUUCACUAGAUAAAAUGAGAAGUGUGUUAACAGAUCUUUUGGAGCACCGAGUCUUUUUCGAGGCAAUAUAAAUCCUAAAGAGUAUCUGGUGACCGACUAUGUGAUCGGAUAACAGAUAAAACGAUGAAGCCAAUGAAAGAAAUUCUGUGGAUGGUGUAAUCUGUGUAAAUAGCAUAAAAUUGAGAGCACUACAAUGAAAGUAUAGAAGUUUUUGCAAAGAAUUAGUGAAGGAAAGAAACAAUAGAUCUAUUGAAAAAAAGGGUUGUGCAAAUAGAGGUUGUGGGGGAACUAAGCUUGUUGUAGUUCAGUAACACUAAAACCAUGAUUGGUACGGUUGUACCGGCUAAUAUGCAUCAGUUUGACCUUAAA